GUGUGGCCGUAUCUGAGCGUGAAGAGGGCGCUGUACCGCUUCCGGGUGCUGGGGGUGGCCAACGCACGCUUCUUCAAUCUGCGCUUUGUCUGUGCCACCUCGCGCAACUACACCAACUUCACUCCGCCUUUCACCGGGGACCAGUUGCCCAUCACCGUG